AUGGCCAUCAACGCACUCUUGCUGCUGCUGCUCAACGGUUUGCUAGUCAUCGUCGUCGCGGGAGAGCAAUUCCAACAUUCUAUAAAGACGGAUGCAGCCGCACUCCUCAUGUUCAAGCGCAUGAUCCACUCCGACCCCAACAAUGUCCUCUCCGGCUGGCUCCCUGCUCACAACCCCUGCUCCUCCUCCUGGUUUGGAGUGACAUGCUACCUCGGCCGGGUCACUCAGCUUGAUCUCACUUCCGCUGCUCUCGCUGCCGAUUCCAUCUCUUUCGACACUUUCUCUUCUCUGGAACUCCUCUCCUCCCUCAAACUAUCCUCCAACAACUUCACCCUCACCAAUUCAACAUCUCUUCUCCGCCUCCCUCCUUCCCUCCAGCACCUCUACCUCCAUUCCACGGGCCUCACUGGCCCUUUCCCAAGCUCAUUCCUUAUAUCCCAUCCCAACCUCCUCCAACUCGACCUGUCACACAACAAUUUAACCACCCCCACUGCUGAAUCAUCGUCCUUCAUCCCCUCUAGCCUCCAAUUCCUUGACCUCUCCGACAACAACUUCACUGGACCUAUCACCUCCCUCCUCCAGAUCACAUCUCCCACCCCAUCAUUGAUCCACAUGGACCUCUCCAAAAACCAUCUUGUGGGCACAAUUCCGACAUUCAUCUCCAACUGCACCUCCCUUCAAACACUCAACCUCUCAUUCAACCUCCUAUCCUCCAGCAUCCCUCCUUCCCUCCUCGCCCAGCUUCGAGCCCUCCAGCAUCUCGACCUCUCCCACAACCACCUCACUGGAUGGAUCCCUUCUGAUCUCCAUGAAGCCUGCGGUUCCCUCCUCGAGAUCAAGCUUUCCUUUAACAACAUUUCCGGCUCCAUCCCCGAUUCACUGUCUUCUUGUUCCUACCUCCAGCUCCUCGACCUCUCCACCAACAAUAUUUCUGGGCCCUUCCCUGAUUCUAUCCUGCAAACCCUUGGCUCCUUGGAGACUCUGCUGUUGAGCAGCAACCUCAUCUCUGGACAGUUCCCGCCUUCACUUUCUUACUGCAAAAACUUGAAGGUGGCCGAUUUCAGCUCCAACAGAUUCUCUGGCACUUUCCCUCCUGACAUUUGCCCUGGUGCUUCCUCCCUCCAAGAGCUGAGAUUACCAGACAAUCUCAUCUCGGGCCCAAUCCCGGCUCAGCUUUCUCGCUGCUCCAAGCUCAAAGCCAUAGACUUUAGCUUGAACUACCUCAACGGCUCCAUCCCUCCCGAGCUUGGAGACCUGGAGAACCUGGAGCAGGUCAUUGCUUGGUUCAACGGCUUGGAAGGCGGAAUCCCUCCGGAAUUGGGGAAAUGCAGGAACCUGAAGGAUUUGAUCCUCAACAACAACCACCUGAGCGGGCCAAUUCCGGUGGAACUCUUCGGUUGCAGUAACUUGGAGUGGAUAUCCCUCACCAGCAAUGAGAUCAGCGGCCAAAUCCCAAAUCAAGUCGGGCUCCUUCCGAGACUUGCAGUUCUACAACUAGCCAAUAACAGCUUGAGCGGGGAGAUACCGCCGGAGCUCGGGAAUUGCAGCAGCUUGGUGUGGCUGGAUUUGAACAGCAACAAGCUCACGGGUGAGAUCCCUCCGCGGUUGGGCCGCCAGCUCGGUUCCAAAGCCCUAACCGCAAUCCCUUCCGGGAGCACUAUUGUGUUCGUCCGAAACGUCGGGAAUUCUUGCAAAGGAGUGGGUGGACUUCUGGAAUUUGCAGGGAUCAGACCUGAAAGACUGCUUCAGAUCCCUACACUCAAGUCGUGUGAUUUCACGAGGUUGUAUUCAGGGCCAGUGUUGAGCCUUUUCACGCAGUACCAAACCCUGGAGUACUUGGAUCUCUCCUACAACGAGCUCCGGGGGAAGAUCCCUGACGAAUUUGGGAACAUGAUGGCUCUCCAAGUCCUGGAACUCUCCCACAACCGGCUUUCAGGGGAAAUCCCUGCAUCCCUCGGGCAGCUCAAGAACUUGGGAGUUUUCGACGCCUCCCACAAUCGGCUUCAGGGAGAAAUCCCUGAUUCCUUCUCCAACCUCUCAUUCUUAGUCCAGAUCGACCUCUCCAAUAACGAGCUGACAGGGCAGAUUCCACAGUUAGGACAGUUGAGCACGCUUCCCGCCACCCAAUACGCAAACAAUCCUGGCCUCUGCGGCGUUCCCCUGCCUGAAUGCAGGCUAGUUAUGUCCUCCAGCAGCAAUCAAGAUGCUGCCUCGAGAGGAGCCAGCAGGAGAUCAUCUUCCAAGGCAUCCACGUGGGCCAACAGCGUUGUGCUAGGGGUGCUCAUCUCGGUGGCUUCAGUCUGCAUCCUUGUGGUGUGGGCCAUAGCAAUGAGGGUGAGGCACAAGGAGGCACAAGAGGCGAAGAUGCUGCAGAGCCUGCAGGCAUCCCACGCUGCCACGACGUGGAAGAUCGAGAAGGAGAAGGAGCCACUGAGCAUCAACGUGGCGACUUUCCAGAGAAACCUGAGGAAGCUGAAAUUCUCACAGUUGAUCGAGGCCACCAACGGGUUCUCAGGGGAAAGCAUGAUUGGAUGCGGUGGGUUCGGGGAGGUGUUCAAGGCUACACUCAAAGAUGGCUCGUGCGUGGCGAUCAAGAAGCUCAUCCGUCUCAGCUGCCAGGGGGACAGGGAGUUCAUGGCUGAGAUGGAGACUCUAGGGAAGAUCAAGCACCGAAACCUGGUGCCACUGCUAGGGUACUGCAAAGUCGGGGAAGAGAGGCUACUGGUGUACGAGUACAUGCCGUUCGGGAGCUUGGAGGAAGUGCUGCACGGGAGGAGGCAUACCAAGGGCGGGGCGGAUGUGUUGACAUGGGAGGAAAGGAAGAAGAUAGCAAGAGGGGCAGCGAAAGGUCUCUGCUUUCUUCACCACAACUGCAUCCCUCACAUCAUCCACAGGGACAUGAAGUCAAGCAAUGUGCUUCUGGAUAAGGAGAUGGAGGCUCGGGUUUCGGAUUUCGGGAUGGCACGCCUCAUCAGCGCGCUGGACACACAUCUCAGCGUCAGUACCCUGGCAGGGACUCCCGGGUAUGUGCCCCCGGAGUACUAUCAGAGUUUCCGGUGCACGGCCAAGGGAGAUGUCUACUCUCUCGGAGUGGUGCUGUUGGAGCUGGUGACAGGGAAGCGCCCCACGGACAAGGAGGACUUCGGGGACACCAACUUGGUUGGGUGGGUGAAGAUGAUGGUGAGACAAGGGAAGCAGAUAGAAGUGAUUGAUCCUGACCUUCUGCCGACGCAGGAGGAUGAAGAAAAAGAGGCCGGGGAAGAGGUGAAGGAAAUGGUGAGGUACCUGGAGAUCACGCUGCAGUGCGUGGACGAUUUCCCUUCUAAGAGGCCGAACAUGUUGCAGGUGGUCGCCAUGCUUAGGGAGCUCAACAUUACCUCAUGA